UCAUCUUGCCUGGUACACGUACACACACCAUUCGACUUACACUGGUGUGGGGUGACUUACGAAGGAAAGACGGCGGGAAAGUAAGUUCUAAAACUUCUUUCCAGGGCCCUGGAGGUGAAGAAAGGAAGGAUUUAUACCAGGAGUUGGUGUCCCAGUGAAGGUUGCAGGUCACCAUGUCUUUAGUUAUUGUUGUGGAUAGUGGGAAAAGUCUGCCAAACAUCGAGAAGUUUGGUACGAUUGACCCCUUCGUCCAGUUGAAGUUUGCAGGUACAAAGAAGAAGACAAAAGUGGUUGAUGACUCUACAGAUCCACAAUGGGGCGAGACCAUAGAAUUCAAUCUCAGUGACAAGCCGUUGACAGCCUCCGACUCGGUGGAACUCGAGGUCUAUGAUCAUGAGAAGAUCGGUCGCAACAAGUUGAUUGGUUCGUACACCUUAGCCUUACGUGAUGUGGUCAAAGGUAAACAGAGGUCAAAGAGGAUGGAGUGCAAGCUCAAAGACCACAAGGGCAGACAGUGCGAGGGUGUGGUUGUUUGCAACGUCACAUACAAAGCUCCGGCUGGAUCUGAGCCACCUCCAUCUGGUGGAGGCAAGGGAGGAGGAGGAGGAGGAGACGCUUCCGCUGGAGCUGUGCAGGAAGAAGGAGAGGGAGAUGAAGUAGAUGGUGAUGGUGGCGGUGAUGGUGGUGGUGAUGAUGAGGGAGGCGACGAGGAUGGCGAUGAUGAUGGACCGGGAGGCGGAGGAGGAGGAGGUGGUAGCGGUGGCAUUGGAGGCCUCAAGCGCAAGAAGAAGAGCCGCUCCAAGCUCUCCAAGAAGCCUCAAGACUUCCAGGUGAGGAUCAAGGUAUGGGAAGCUCGUCAGCUGGCUGGAGGUAACAUCCAUCCGGUCUGCAAGGUGACCGUCUCUAAUCAGACUAAGAUGACCAGGGUCAAGAAGUCCACCAACAGACCUUACUAUGAUGAGGUAUUUUUCUACAAUUUCCACAUGAGCCCUGCUGAGCUGUUUGACGAAGUGGUCAACUUUCAGGUAUUCAACUCCCGUCAGCUACGUAGCGAUGCCCUGAUCGGUGACUUCAAGCUCGACAUCGGUUCCAUCUAUGAGGAAGAAGAUCACAACAUCGCCAACAAAUGGCUCCUCCUCUCCAAUGCUGAUGAUGCCAAUGCCGGCGCUAAGGGCUACCUCCUCGUUAGCAUGGGUGUGCUAGGAUCCGGAGAUGAAGCUCCUGUGUUCAAGAAAGCAGAUGAAGCCAAUGACAUAGAAUCGAAUCUGUUGAGACCUGCUGGUAUGUCACUCCGUAAAGGAAUGUUCAUAGUGAAGGCAUACCAUGCUGAAGACGUCCCACAGAUGGAUCCUGCUUUCUUUGAGGGUGUGAAGAAGUUCUUUGGCGCUGGUGAUGGCGAACGGAAAGAACUCGUAGACCCGUAUCUUACAGUGGGAUUCGCUGGAAAGAAGAUCCAGUCAUCUGUGAAGCAGUGUGAUCAGAACCCGCAAUGGAAUGAAGAAAUCCGAAUCCCUAUCAGGUUCCCAUCGAUGUGUGAACGUCUCAAACUUCAACUGAGGGACUGGGAUCGUCUAUCAAGUGACGACUACAUUGGAACUGCCUUCCUUGAUUUGUCUGCCAUGUCGAGCCCGGGAGAAGAAGGAUAUCUUCCCACCUUCGGUCCAACCUUUGUGAACUUCUACGGCUCUACCAGGGAGUUCUCAGACCUGCCAGACCAGUUUGAAGAUCUCAACAUGGGCAAGGGAGAGGGUGUGGCCUACAGAGGGCGUGUCCUAGUCAAGAUCGAGACCAAACUCGGAGAUCAUCCAGAGCAGAACCUCGCCGAGAUAGAAAAUGCCGAGAUCCAGCGCGUGGGAAAGGUCCUCGGACGACGCAAGUACCGUCUCUACUGCGCCAUCCUGGACGCAAGCAUGGUCUGCGAAUCGGACGAUCCCGUCGAGUUUGAAGUGAGCAUGGGUAACUAUGGUAACAAGCUGGACGACAGCGUGGCUCCACAGCCGUCCACCACCCAGCCGACCAACGCGGUGUACGAUGGAUGCAAGUAUUACUUCCUGCCGUGGAGUGAGAACAAGCCGCUGUUGAUUGUCAACUCUGAUUGGGAGGAUAUCUCCUUCAGAUUGGACUCUCUCAACAUGAUCCUACGCAAGAUUGAACGCUUGGAAGCUAACAUGGAACAUGUCCGUCUAGCCACCAAGUCCGGAGCCCCGCAAGCAGAGAUAGCUGCUCAGCUCAUCGGCAUGAUCGAUACACUCAUUGCCGACUGCAGGAUGCCUCUCCCCAACAUUGAUGAGUUGAAAGAGAAGGUCAACGAACUUGAUCGUCGUAAGUACGACCGCCGCCUCUACGCCAUGCAAGCCAUUGCCACUGACGCUCUGAAACUGAGAGAGAAUGCGACUGAUGUGAACGAUGCCAUGGAAGAUGUGGAGGGAUACCUACAUGUCUUACAAGAUCUGGCUGUAGAGCCCCAGAAUUGCAUGCCCGAUGUGAUCAUCUGGAUGUUGAGUGGAAGCAAGCGUAUCGCCUACACUCGCUUCCCGGCUUACCAUCUUCUCUACUCGUCUCGUGGUGAGGACGCUUGCGGCAAGUUCUGCGGCAAGAUAUCAAGCUUCUUCCUCAAGGAACCGACGACCGACGUCGACAGGAGAGCUCCCGAGAGAGUCCCAGCCUUGUUCCCUGGCAAGAAGACAGCCAACAUCGGUGUGAAGGAGAUUCCGGGUAUGCUCCGGGCCAAGCUGUGGUUGGGUCUAGAAAAGGAUAGCGCUCAGUUCCAGGGCGGACUCACAGACUCGAGCAUCGUGGUCUUCGCGGAGACGUAUGAGAAUCAGAUGAGUGUUUUAGGAAACUGGACCAGCAAGGCACUGCCAAGACCAAAGUGGUCUGAUGCUUCAGGAAAGAUAAAGCUACCAAAGGAGAAGUUCCAGCUGCCGCCUGGAUGGCGAUGGGACGAUGACUGGUUCAAGAGCCCUGAACUCAGCUUGAUGUACGAUGCUGAUGCAGGACAGACCAAGUUCCUAGAGGACAUCUAUGAACAUGAGUCAAGGAACAUUCCUGGAGGGUCGUGGCAGGUCGCUUCUGUGCCAUACACCAAUGUGAAGGAUGAUCCUACCCCCAAGAGAGAAGAGUUCCCUUGCCCUGAGGGAUGGCAAUGGGAUGAUGCCUGGGCCCUGGAUAACAACAGAGCUUGUGAUGAAGAUGGUUUUGAGUACUGUGUGGAAUCAUCCGUUGCUAGCUGGGGACCAGUGGAGAGGACCUACCAUCUGUGCCGACGUCGUCGAUGGGUUCGACCACGAUCUCUGAACGCUGACCCCAAGGCUCUAGCGAAGCAAAAGAAGAAGGAGAUGGACCAACAGGAGGGGUGGGAGUACGCCCCUCUCUUCAACAUGAAGUUCCAUUCCUCCGAGAGAAAGAUGGACAUGGUUCGACGUCGACGCUGGCAUCGUAAGAUGUUGGCCGAGUCCCCAAAUGCCGCUGCUGUCUUCUCCGUCACUGGACCUGAUGAUGAAGAUGACAAGAAGGAUAAGGACAAGGAUGAGAAGUCUUCCAGGAAGUCAGCACCAAGGAUCUUUGUCAACUACACAGUAUCUCACAAGUACCAGCUGAGAGCCUACAUCUACCAGGCUAGGGACUUGAUCGCUUCUGAUUCAGACAGCUUCUCUGAUCCGUUUGCAUAUGUCAGCUUCCUGAACCGCAGUCAACAGUCCGAGACCAUCAAGACCACCCUCAGCCCAACUUGGGACCAGACCCUAAUCUUUGAUGAGAUUGAGAUCUUUGGUGAUCCUCAGAUCAUUGCUGCUAACCCACCAGAGAUCUGCAUCGAGGUCUUUGACUUUGACAGCUUUGGCAGCAACGAGUUCAUGGGACGUACGGUAGUCCGCCCCCAGGUGAAGCUAGAUCCCUCUGAUCCGCGCGUAGCUCGUCUGGCCUGGCAUCAGUUCUACAAGGGAUCUGGAAACGCUGGUGAACUUCUCGCUUCCUUUGAACUCUUCCUCAUGUCUGAUGGUAAGGAUCUUCCAUUCAUGCCACCCAAGAAGGGAGAACUAUUCAUCGUACCCAACGGUAUCAGGCCUGUACUACAGCGUACAGGAGUUGAGAUCCUCUGUUGGGGAGUGCGUAACAUGAAGAAGUACCAGCUGGCUUCCGUGACCUCGCCCAGUCUCGAGUUUGAGGUCGGUGGUAAGAUCAUCAAGUCAAAGGUCAUCAAGAACACCAAGAAGAAUCCAAACUUUGAUCAGCCACUACUCUUCCUUGAAGUGCAUCUACCAAAGGAAGAGCUGUAUACCCCUCCCAUCAACAUCAAGGUCCGCGAUCACCGCGCCUUUGGUCGCAAGCCCAUCGUCGGGACCUGCUCCAUCAAGAAGCUGCAACCCUAUCGCUGCGUCCCCGAGAUCGAGGGUGCAGAGACCACUGAACCAGGAGACAUGCCAGCUACCAAUGGUAAUGGUGCAAGAACCCCUGCACUACCACCACAACAGCAACAACAGCCCCAACAACAAGCACAACAACAACCUCCACCACCACAACAACAACAACAACCCCCUGUCGAGGGGGCACCACCGGCCGAGACAGGAGAAGAUGGUGAAGAUGAUGUUGGUUUUACAUCGGACGAGCUGGCCAAAAUAACUAGCGAUUUAAUGGAAACGAGUGUGCGGAGGUUAACAAUCCAAGCACAUACUACGCCAGAAGAAAUGCCCUCAUUGGCUGAAGAUGGCAAGACCCCACUGCCCCCAGCCGCACAAACUGCUCCUGGGCAACCUAGAGAGGGCAGCACACACAGCCAUGAGAAUGCUGGGGAGGCUGACCAUGUGAUCAUGAUGCCGGAAGAUGAACCAGUAAAGAAGGGCGACAAGAAGAAGAAGAAGGAUGGGAAGGGUGGAGAGGAAGAGAAAGUCAAGAAGAAGGAUAUCUUUGAAGAUGAGAUUGAUUGGUGGUCCAAAUACUAUGCCUCCACUGGCGAGACUGAGAAGUGUGGGGACUAUCUGGAGAGAGGCUAUGACAAGAUAGAGAUCUACAACAAGCCUUUGGAAGUUUUGGGAACAAACAACUCUUUCCUGGACUUCUGCAAUUGCUACGAUCUGAACCGUGGAAAGCAAGAUAGUGAUGAAGAUGAAGAAUCUUCUGGAGUGGGAGAAUUCAAGGGUUUGUUCAGGAUCUACGCCUUGCCUGGAGACCUGAAGGCAGAACUACCCCCCAAGCAGUUCAGCCACCUGCCCCCCUCAGCACCGGUAGAGUGUGUCAUCCGAGUCUACAUAGUCAAGGCUCUUGACCUUCAGCCUCAAGACCCCUCUGGACUGGCUGAUCCCUACCUGAAGAUCAAGCUGGGUAAGAAGAAGAUUGAUGAUGAAGAUGACUAUCUACCAAACACCCUCAACCCAGUCUUUGGAAAGAUGUUUGAGAUCAAGACCUUCUUGCCAGUGCACAAGGACCUGAAGAUCACCGUCAUGGACAAGGACUUGUUGAGCAAAGACGACAUCAUCGGUGAAACGGAGAUCGAUCUGGAGAACCGAUUCCUCACCGAGUACCGUGCGACAGUUGGACUACCAGAGACCUACAACAUCUCUGGCCCCAACAAGUGGCGCGACCAGAACACACCGCGAGAAAUGCUUGAGGAAUACUGCAAGCAGCAGAAGAUCUCUGGACCAUUCUUCUAUGGAUCGACCAAGCUCACCGUGGAGGGCAAGAUGUACAAUUUGGCUGACUUUGAGGUGAACAAGAUGCACAGUGAGCACGAGGGUCCCCAGGACCAGCGUCUGGCCCUCCAAGCCCUGCGCAGCUACCCCCUGGUGAGGGAACACAUCGAGACACGCCCGCUCUUCAGCCCUCUACUGCCUGGUAUCGAGCAGGGCAAGCUGCAGAUGUGGGUGGAUAUCUUCCCCAUGACCCUGGGGCCCCCAGGUCCUCCCUGUGACAUCACCCCCAGGCAGCCCAAGAAGUACGUUGUUCGUUGCAUUGUCUGGAAUGCCAAGGAUGUAAUCCUGGAUGAAACCAACAUCAUGGGAGAGAAGAUGAGUGACAUCUACAUCAAGGGAUGGAUGGCCGGUCAGGACGAGAAACAGGAGACGGAUGUCCACUACCGGUCACUCAACGGUGAAGGCAACUUCAACUGGAGGUUCUGUUUCCCCAUUGAGUACAUCCCUCCCGAACAAGUCCUUGUUAUCAAGAAGAAGGAACAUUUCUGGAGCUUGGACAAGACGGAGACCCACGUCCCACCUGUUAUAAUCGCUCAGAUCUGGGACAAUGACAAGUUCUCUCCAGAUGACUUCUUGGGAUCGAUUGAGCUAAACCUGAACGGCAUGCCCAACCCUGCCAAGAAAGCUCGCCAAUGCUCUCUCAAGCAGCUGCCUAACGAAGCCAAGGGCAAGGAGGUCUCCAUGGUCUCUCUCUUUGAGGCCAAGCGUCUCAAGGGCUGGUGGCCGGUCAUCAGUGAGGAGUCCGGAGAACGGGAGAUCACCGGCAAACUUGAACUGGAACUUGAGAUCUUGACAGAGCAAGAAGCCGAGGAGAGACCAGCUGGUAACGCUAGAGAUGAACCUAACGCCAACCCCAUGUUGGAUCCUCCAAAUCGUCCUGAGACUUCUUUCAACUUCCUUCUUUCCCCCUGGAAAUCCCUCAAGUACAUCAUCUGGCACAACUACAAAUGGUACAUCAUCGGAUUCCUCCUCCUGCUCCUCCUCGUAGCCUUCAUCGUCCUCAUCAUCUACAACGUUCCAGGAGCCGGGGUCCAAAGACUCUUCGGUAAUAUAUAAUCUGCUAGGGUUGCCGACCUCCAACGACCUCUGUAGGGUAACGGACUCGAAUCUGGUCUGUACCUUUGUAGAGAGAGAAAGAGAUUGGGGGUUAUCAAGUCGAGCAUGGAUCAACAGCAUUCUCUGAAAGAGAUGCUCCGCAGUAUCUAGCCAUGCUAGCAUGGUCGGGUCCCAGCUAUUCAUCGAGAAGGGGCAUGUGGCCUUUUGGGAAGGGGGUAGAAGCAAAAUGAAAAAGUUAGGAUGAGGGUGAUAGUCCAGCCAUUGAUGUCUAAAGUCAUAGACUAGGUUACUCUCUAAGCAUGUGUAAUGGUGGUGUGGUCAGCACUCACACACAGGAAUGUUUCACCAAACAGUCAUAUAGGUGAAACAACAUGUGCUUUAAACUAAAGCUGAACUUCAUGUUCUGAUAUGAGAGCAAUAGAAUGUUACAAAUUCCAUAUGCCUUUAAACCAAAAAAUCUCUCAACCAUAUCUGUGCCUGUCACAAUUUUGAAUCAAUUACUGAUUUCUUUUCAUGUUAUUAUAGGAUGUAAUUUAACAUGCCUCCUGAAUGUACUUACUUUAUCCCCCCUCCACAAUUGUAAUAGUUGUAUGAUGCGACCAAACAUUAAGUUGCAAACAUUAAGUUGAUUUAUCGAAAUACCCCAAAAAUGUUUAGAAAUAUAUGCCCCACUCAUGUUCUUUCUGUAUCCUUAUAUUAGUGAUUGUAAAAUUGUUAUUGGAAAGCUUAAAAGCUUUAUAUCUAUAUUUGUAGAAAAAAUUAAUCAUGAAAUAAUUCAAGUUGCUCUUCAGUGCUUAGUUUUGUCUUGAUACAACUAAAGAAUGAUCAAUUAAUGACCUUAUUUAUAUAUAUUUUGAAUGGUAAAACCAUGUAAUUUUCAAUUUUUCCAUAUAAGGGAAUCGAUUAUGAGAAUAUGAAUGGAUUAUUAAAUCGUAGGGGAGAAUUGCUUUAAAUAAUAUGAAUUUCCAAUGUAAUUUUCAUUAAUAUAUUCAGAAUAUGUUUUUGUUUCACAAGAGAAUACUGUUACAGAUAAAUAUCAUGCAUUACAAGUUAGGUCUAAGAAAAAGAGGAUGUAACACGAAAGCUGAUAAUUUGCGUAGCUUACGCAACCAAUAUAAGAUGUGUAUGUUAUGUAGAUAUGAUGUAUUAUGUUUUUUUUUUAUACGUAUGUCUUAUUCACUUUAUAUGUUUGUCUUAUUAUCUUUAUAUGUAUGUCUUAUACACUUUUGUUUGAUAUUAUUUCACUUUAUUCAUCAUGGCAUUUACAAGGUAGUCAAGUAACAUUCUUCCCACAGAAUGUUUUAUGUUGCAAUGCAAGAAAAUUCCUAAAAACCUAUUAUACCAUAGUAUAGUAUAGUUUAUAGAAUCUAUUUUAUUUUAAGUGUUUUUUGGUAACAAAAACUGAACAAAGAAUA